AUGGAUAUAAGGAUUCUUGUUUGCUGCACAGUACGAUGGGGCUUAGAAAAAAAUAAACGUAUUCUACAUGUACAAUGUCGUUUUGGUCUUGAUACAUUACCAUUGGCACGUUUAGGAGCAAAAAAAGUUAUUGGAAUUGAUUUAUUAAAUAUAGCGAUAGAAAAAGCUGCUCAGUUAGCUGAACGAAUUCAUUUAAAUCAUAUUGUUGAAUCUAUUUGUUGUAAUAUUUAUGAAACAGGAAAUCAUUUGAAAGUUAAUAAUGAAAAUGAUUUAUUCGAUAUCAUAUAUACAUUGUAUGUUGUUGAAUAUCCAAAAGGUACUUAUACUGAUCUAAAUGUUCCAACACAACAAAAAUCAAUAAGUUGGAACCAUAUUUUAACUAAUAUUAUGAUGGUUUUAAUUGAAAAUCAUUUAAAAAUUGAGGUUUUUAAAGAAUUCGAUACGAUACCAUUCAAUUGUUUUCAUAAUUUAUGUCAAAUAACUGAUGAUGAAGAAUGUCAAUUUAAGGAAUUCAAAGAAAAACUACCAUUAACAUAUGCUAUAAAAACAAUAAACACAACUACUACAUCUAGAAAUUGA